AUGAACCAUAAACAUAUCGACUGUAAAGAUUCUUCUUCUGCGACAAUGCAAGCUCGCUUGCAUUACUUGGACGAGCAGAUACAAAUACUGAAAGAAAAUGUUGCAAAACACGAGAGAACAAAAGAAGAACUCAUGGACUUAGAAAAUCAACUUUUAUCAAUUCAAGAGACUAUAGAAAUUAAAUGUGAAAAUGAAAAACAGUCGUUUGAGAAUAUCAACCAGAAAUUGAAUUCAGUGUCAUCCAAAUAUGAGCAAGCGCAAUAUGCCAUAGACAAAUUAAAUAAAGAGAACCAUAAUUUGGAAUGUAAAAUACACUCCAAUUAUGUUAAAGAAUUAGAAAUAGAUCAUAAAAUUAAAAAUUUGGAAUGUAUUAAAAAGCAAAUUAUGGAGCACAAUAACAAACUUUUUGAUAAAUUACACAAGGAACAGGUAAUUUAAUUUUUAUUUCCUCUUGUAUUAAUAAAGUAUACUAUAGUAGGCAUUUGCUUUUUAUUUCGUUUGAUUCAAUCUCUAAUAUUAAAAUACGACGUUUUAUUUAUAUAUUUUAUUAUUAUUUUUAUUUUAGAAUGCUUUUUAAUCGUUGUUAUUUUUAGAUUCUGAGUGGAGCAAAGAGGCUUAAUAUGGUUUUAUAAAGAUGUUUAUUUUUAUUUUUUAUCUGUGUGCUACUUUUACACAAAACAUUUUUGUUUUGAUUUUUAGGUGUAGCAACUUUUGUAAAAUUAAAUGCGGGAGAGUGCGGAGAGGUAGUUUGGGGAGGCUAUUUUUCGAUUUUAUCAAGAGUUUUCUUAGAAAAUGUGAUAAACUGAGGAAAAAACGUAGGAAAAGCAAGAAAAUCAGUAAAAUAUUAAACAAAUAUUAUUUAUAAAAAUAUGUGAUGCCUAUUUAAUUAUUUUACUAUAAUAUAACAUAUAUUGUUGACAAAGUAUCACUAUCAACUGAACUGCGGUCAGAAUCAUUUUUCGUUAGCAGUGGUCUAUUUUUGUUUACAGUCUGUAUUCUACCUUUCCAAUUUUCUAGCUACAACAUUUGCUACACCCGUCCCAUUAUCUUAUGACAGCUUUUUCAUGGGUGUGCCAUUGUUGUAGGUGAGAAGUUAGGGAGGUAGGAUACAAGUUAUUUCAUUUAUAUCUGUAUACAACGAUGAACCAUUGCUAACGAAAAACGAUUCAGAGCGAAAUUCGGUAUUGUAAUUUAUAACACCUUUCAUAUUACAAAAUUGAACCAAAACAAUUUACUGAAUGAAUUAAUCUAAGAUAAUCUACAAAAAAUGAAAACAAAUUUUAGUGUUCCAAUGUGAUUUGAAUCAGUGAAUGGUCAACCAUAACUUUUUCUAAUCUUAUAACUGAUAUAUCGAGAUACGUCUAUCAAUCUAUCAAUGAAUGAAUAAAUUAAUGAAAUAGGGUAUUAACAUUUUACAGUAAAAAAAACUUAAAGUCACUUGCACUUACUUCUAAUAUUCAAUAAAAAUAUAUUGUAUUGAGGAAGGUAGCAUCCAAAAACAAUGUAAUAUGUUUUAUUUCUUAGUAUGUACUUUGGGUCACAGCCAAUUCAGUAAUAAAAAUAUUUUUCAGAACUAUUUUGUCUAUGAACAGCCGGUCCACAAUAAUACCGUGUUGUUUUUUUUUAUUAGAAACUUUGUACAAUUAGUUUCGACAGUUAAAUUAGUAAGCUUUAUAUGAUAACAUUACAUAAAAUAAAAAAAACAAAACAAAAACAAACACCAUGGUGUUUUGGGUACACUAAAUCAUUUAUUUUUAUAUACAAUAUGGGUUAGUUAGUUUAUGACAUUUGACUACAGGAAUGUGCCAAAUCAUUAUGUCGGGAACAGUCCAACCUGGAAAAUUUGGCUAAGCAGAGAACAGAGGAAGCGCGAAAACUCCAUUGUAAACUGACCGAGGCCGAGGCGGCAGUGGAAUGUACGAGAAAGAAAUUGUGCAAACUCAAACAGUGGCAUGAUGAGAGGGAACAAUCUCUCCGAGAAAUGUCGUCAAGGUACCAGGAAAUGGAAACGCAGCAAGAGAUAGUCAAAGAAUCAGGUGCAGAAAAGCUGGCAAAUGCCGAUUGGUCUGCAGAAAUGGCCUCUCGGGAAUUAGCUGACGCGACAGCUGAGGUCACCGACCGAAAGGCUGAACGGGAACGUACAGCUAUGACAUACCGAGAGCUUAAAGCAACCUGUGACGCGGAGACUUGUCGGUUACAGUUGGAACUCAAAGAGCUAAGUGAUCAACAUGACCAACUAACGUGUAAAGUGACAGACGUGUCCACUAAGCUGGCCGAAAAGUGUGACACUGGCCAGCGGCUGAAGGCCGACGCGAAUGCCGAGAAUGAACGGCUGGCUGAACUUUCAACUGAGGUUGAGAAAUUGAACCGGCAGGCAUGUUUCGAGCGUUCGGUACUAGCAUUGUACUGGAUAAAAACCGAAACGGAGGUAGCGACGCUCCGCGAGCUAAUGGUCGUCAAAUGUCACAAAUUGCAGUUGGUCGAGAACGAGGUGGAGGAUUUGAAACGAGCAUGGGACCGACGAGAGUCGGGUACACGAAAGGUGAUCAAGGAGGCAGAGUUAUGUUCAACUGGAGAAAAAAAAAUAAAAGAAUUGAAAGAAAAUGGUUGCCAAGCGUGUUAA